AUGUCAUCGCCGAAGGUGGGAGCGCCGAAGAAAACGGAGACGAGCUGGCCGCCUCACCACUGGGUGGGUGGUUCGCCGCCGGGAGAGGAGGUUCUAUGGAAAGAAGUGAGGGAGCUGCUGUCAAGGAAGGUUAUGCCAGAGAACGAGGCGAAGAAGGAUCCGUUGUCGGAGAUGGAGGAGGAGGUAGGCGCCGGGGAGCUUCUACUCGCGUCACUAGAGAAGGAGAUUGAGGGGGGCGACCAGACAAUUGGAUUGGGCCAAGAUCAACAGGCCCAAUUGCUGAGGAAGGUUGGGCAUCAGUACCCUAUAUCUGCAGCAGAAGCGUGGUGGGCUAUAGGCAUGAUGGGACGAGUUUCCAUUGAGGAAUUGGGCCUCAAAUGUGUUGUCUGGUUGGGUCUUCUGUUGAAGAGUACAAGGAGGUCAUUGCAAGAAGCCAAACCGAGUAAUGUACAUUAUUUGGAGGAAAAGGAAACGAAGAAAGUGGAAGGUUGA